GCGGCCGCUCGGCGCUGCCAUGUUGAGCCGCCGCCGCCGCCGCCGCUUUGUUGUCGGCUCCAUGUAGCUGGGGCCCGGGGGAAGGAGGGAGGGGGGCGCCGCGCCGCCGGAGCCGCCGCCGGAGCCGCCGCCGCCCGCCGAGGCCGGGACGCCCCCGCCAUGGAGGCCAACUGGACCGCGUUCCUCUUUCAGGCACACGAAGCCUCCCAUCACCAACAGCAGGCAGCGCAGAACAGCUUGUUGCCUCUCCUGAGCUCUGCAGUAGAGCCACCUGAUCAGAAGCCGAUUCUGCCCUUACCAAUAACGCAGAAACCUCAGCCCGCACCAGAAACAUUAAAGGAUGCUAUUGUUGGGAUUAAAAAGGAAAAACCUAAAACCUCCUUUGUGUGCACUUACUGCAGCAAGGCUUUCAGGGACAGCUACCAUUUGAGGCGCCACGAGUCCUGCCACACAGGGAUAAAAUUGGUGUCACGGCCAAAGAAAACUCCCACCACAAUGGUGCCCCUAAUCUCCACCAUCGCCGGUGACAACAGCCGAAGCUCCUUGGUGUCCACCAUCGCCGGCAUCCUGUCCACGGUCACCACGUCUUCCUCCGCCACCAACCCCAGCAGCAGCGCCGGUGCCACGGCCAUGGCAGUGACGCAGACGGUGAAGAAGCCCAGCAAGCCCGUCAAGAAGAACCACGCCUGCGAGAUGUGCGGGAAGGCCUUCAGGGACGUGUACCACCUCAACCGGCACAAGCUGUCCCACUCGGACGAAAAACCCUUCGAAUGUCCGAUCUGCAAUCAGCGCUUCAAAAGAAAGGAUCGCAUGACCUACCACGUGAGGUCUCACGAAGGUGGCAUCACAAAACCGUACACCUGUGGUGUUUGUGGAAAAGGCUUCUCGAGGCCUGAUCAUUUAAGCUGUCACGUUAAACAUGUUCAUUCAACAGAGAGACCCUUCAAAUGCCAAACGUGCACUGCUGCCUUUGCCACCAAAGACAGACUGCGGACACACAUGGUGCGCCAUGAAGGAAAGGUAUCGUGUAAUAUCUGUGGUAAACUUCUGAGUGCAGCAUAUAUCACCAGCCACUUAAAGACACACGGGCAGAGCCAAAGUAUCAACUGUAAUACCUGUAAACAAGGCAUCAAUAAAACAUGCAUGAGUGAAGAGACCAGCAAUCAGAAGCAGCAGCAGCAGCAACAGCAGCAGCAGCAACAACAACAGCAACAACAGCAACAGCAGCAGCAGCAACAGCAACAACAGCAGCAGCAGCAGCAGCAGCAGCAGCAUGUAACAAGUUGGCCUGGAAAGCAGGUAGAGACCUUGAGAUUGUGGGAAGAGGCCGUCAAAGCAAGGAAGAAAGAAUGUCAGUUCACCUUUGAGAAGGCUAUAGAGUACGUACCAUUCGAAGCUGCUAACUUGUGCCAAACCUCCACUGCUGCUACUACGCCUGUGACUCUUACUACUCCAUUCAAUAUAACGUCCUCUGUGGCUUCUGGGACUAUCACAAACCCAGUCACAGUGGCAGCUGCAAUGAGCAUGAGAAGUCCAGUAAAUGUAUCAAGUGCAGUUAAUAUAUCCAGUCCGAUGAACCUAGGGCAUCCUGUAACUAUAACCAGUCCAUUGUCCAUGACAUCUCCAUUAACGCUCACCACACCAGUCAAUCUUCCCACCCCAGUAACAGCUCCAGUGAAUAUAGCACACCCGGUCACUAUCACGUCUCCCAUGAACCUCCCCACACCGAUGACGUUGGCUGGUCCCUUAAACAUAGCGAUGAGACCAGUAGAGAGCAUGCCUUUCCUGCCCCAGGCCUUGCCCACGUCUCCUCCCUGGUAAAGAAUUUCUCAACAGUAUUAAAAGGAUUAAAAUGGAAUCCUUACCAGCAGUUCUUUUUUGGGGUUUGUUUGCUUGUUUUGUUUUGGUUUUGUUUGUUUUUUUUGUUUUCCUUCCCCGUCCCCCCCCUUUUUUUUAAGUUAAUAAUAAAUCCAAUCUAAGGCACCGCGGUGACGCACCAUCAGAGAGCGUAGUAGCAUCUUCCCCUGUUGAUUUGGCUCGUGUGGUUCAAUCUUGAGUUUCACUGGAGCACUUCGUUUAACGUGAGUUUUACCUUUUAGCUGACUGAUGACGAAUUAGAGCAGAUUCGUAUUUGCCAGAGGUUUUCUGUUGUUGUUGUUGUUGUUUUUUUUUUUAAGGAAGUCAUUAAAAACCAGUUUUAUGUUUUAUCCCCCGAAUAACUUAGAAAAUUAUUUUAAUCUAAACACUAGCAAAGACCCCCUUUGUAUCUUUAAGAGGGCAGAUGGCUAAAUGUAACUUGCCAGUCCUUAGGUCCGUUUUUUUGGGCUAGUGUAGAAUCUUUGUCUGUGUUGAUGGUUUUUUUUUGUUUUGUUUUGUUUUCGUUUUUUUUUUUUUUUUAAUGAGUAAAUGAAUUACAAUGUUGUCAUUUAUUAAAAAAAAAAAUGCAUUUUGGAUGAAAUAUGCAUUUUACCUUUGGGAAUAUGAUAAUUUCAGGCAGCAUUCCCUAUGGGAAAGGUGAUACCAGCUCUGAUAUGCAAAGCAUAUGAUAACUUAUCAUUCUAACUUCAACAUAUAAUAGGGAUUGUGACCUGAUAUUUGGAGAUGUAAAUAUUACCCAACAUAUUACCCUAAGGGAAUAUAGCAUUGUAGUCAACAUUUUUUAAAAAAACAAACUGUUAUUGUUUGGCAAGAGACAGCCAAGGCUGACAGAAGAGGAGUCGCAAUGUAUGUAAACAUGGUCUCUGAGCAGUCAGACCCCUAUGGGACUCUUACCUAGGAGCAAAAGGAGUGCUUUGAAACUUAAGAAACAUUGCUUUAAGCUGGAAGAUUCUGGAGGCGCUGGGUGUGAUUUUUAUGCCCUCUGCCUCCCAAUCAGAACCUGCUGGUGUUACAGCAGGGGACAGACGUGUUAGUUGUUCACUAGAAGUUUUGUCUUAUAUUAAAUUGUAUACAGUUUUUAUUCUAACCACUAACUAGGUAGGAUGCCCCUCCAGGACAAGCAGAGAGCGUCUUUUAAUUUCUCCCCUAUUUCUUAAUCAAGUGUUGUGCAAAUCUGUUCAACUUUGUAAAUAUUUGCAAACAUCAUCAUUUUUACGUUAUUCUUCUAUUGUGUUAACACAUUUCUAUCAAUUUGUGGGAGUUCUGGGGUGACGGCCUGAACCGCCUUGCCCAGAACUGCUCUACAAAUGGUCACACAUGUUUAAGCUACAUGUGCUUUUUAUUUCUUAACCUGUUUAUCUGUACAUAACGUAGAAAGCAAAAUCUAGGGAAACAGAUAUACUUUUUAGACUAUCAUGUCACAUAUUCACAUUUUUAAAACUUUGUUUAAAAAAAAAAACAACAAAAAAAAAAGAA